AUGGCCAUGGAACAAGCUGCCAAUAACGGUCAAAACAAAAUGAAAGCUGAGAUGAAAGAACCACUAAUUCAGACUCUGAAGAUCAAAGUUGAUAAUGAUGAUGAAUUUCAGACGGAAGUUAACAACAAAAUAUCCUUAGGAGUUGUUCUGCUAAGUACAUUUGUGACAGUUUUGGGCUCUUACGAAUUUGGCUCCUGUAUAAGUCACUUUCACUUCAUCAAAAACAACCUUCAGUGGGCCCCUGUUCAAUCUUCUAUCAGAGAAGAUCUUGACUUAUCAUUGGCAGAGUUCUCAUUAUUUGGUUCAAUAGUUACUGUUGGUUCAAUGAUUGGAGCAAUCAUGAGUGGCACAUUGCAGAUUUUAUUGUCAAUGAGAAUGUCUGCUGUUAUCUGUAUUACUGGGUGGACUGCCAUAUAUUUCUCUCCGGGGGCUUUGUCGCUUGAUGCUGGAAGGUUUCUCACUGGAUAUAGCAUUGGGCUUUACACUUAUGUGGUUAGUUUUGGGACCUAUAUAUAUAUAGCUGAAAUAGCUCCAAAGGAGCUCCGAGGUGGGUUGGCUACAAUGAAUCAGCUCAUGAUUGUUAUCGGAGGAUCAACUGCUUUCCUAGUAGGAACAGUUGCAACAUGGAAAAUGCUAGCUCUUACUGGAACUAUUCCAUGUAUACUUCAGCUCCUCGGCCUUGUCUUUAUUCCAGAGUCUCCUAGGUGGCUGGCAAAGACUGGAUAUGAGGAAGAGUUUGAAAAUGCACUUAGAAGGCAGUUUUCUUUUGUAAAGUUAACAUGA